UCUGGAGGCCACCCCAUGGCCGAGAGGCAAGAACCUCAGACCAGAAAGCCAGAACUGCCCGCCUGCUUCGCUUCCCUGGGCUCGGGCAGCAGCCCCAAAGCCAGGCACAAAUUCGGCGGUAUGUUCUGCAAUGUGGCAGACGCUUUUGAAAACAAGACCCUGACCUUCGUCUCGACGAGUAUCGCCAAGAGGAGCGGCCGCCUAAGUUCCAGCUCCACCCAGGCCAGCGAGACCUACAGCAGUACCCGCGAGACCACCGAAGAGGGCGCAGGGUCCUGGGAGCCCGGCCCCCAAUCUGCCGCUGGGGUUCCUCCGAACCAGCCCCAGAGUGACCGACUGCUGAUCAAAGGUGGAAAGAUAGUCAAUGACGACCAGUCAUUCUAUGCUGACAUAUAUUUGGAAGAUGGUUUGAUAAAACAAAUUGGAGAAAACCUCAUUGUUCCUGGUGGAAUCAAAAUUAUUGAUGCAUAUGGUCUGCUGGUCCUGCCAGGUGGAAUAGAUGUGCACACACGGCUACAGGUCUCUGUCAUGGGAAUGAAUUCUGCCGAUGAUUUCUAUCAAGGCACUAAGGCUGCCUUAGCAGGAGGAACCACAAUGAUCUUGGACCAUGUGCUCCCUGAGCCUGGUAUGAACCUGCUCACUGCCUAUGACCAGUGGCGAGAAUCUGCGGACAGUAAAUCAUGCUGUGAUUACUCCCUACACAUUGACAUCACCCGCUGGCAUGAGAGUCUCAAGGAGGAACUGGAGGCCUUGGUGAAAGACAAAGGUGUGAACUCCUUCCAAGUUUUCAUGUCCUAUAAAGACAAAUACCAGUGUACUGACGGCCAGAUGUAUGAAAUUUUCUGCAUCAUCCGAGAACUGGGAGCCAUCGCACAAGUACAUGCUGAAAAUGGGGAUAUUAUUGAUGAGGAACAGAAAAGAUUGUUGGAACUUGGGAUCACUGGACCAGAAGGCCAUGUUCUUAGCCACCCUGAGGAGGUGGAGGCAGAAGCUGUGUACCGGGCAAUCACCAUUGCCAAACAGGCCAAUUGCCCCCUCUAUGUCACCAAAGUGAUGAGCAAAGGAGCAGCAGAUACAAUCGCUCAUGCUAGGCGCAAAGGGACUGUUGUGUAUGGGGAGCCCAUCGCUGCUGGCCUGGGCACUGAUGGCUCACACUACUGGAGUAAGAACUGGGCAAAAGCUGCAGCCUUUGUCACCUCCCCCCCAAUAAGUCCAGACCCAAUGACUCCUGACCAUCUCUCAUCUCUGCUUGCGAGUGGGGAUCUGCAGGCUGCUGGUAGUGCCCACUGCACCUUUACCACAGCCCAGAAAGCCGUCGGCAAAGACAACUUUACAAUGAUUCCAGAAGGCACUAAUGGGAUUGAAGAGAGGAUGGCAAUCAUUUGGGAAAGAUGUGUGGCCUCUGGGAAGAUGGACGAGAAUGAUUUUGUUGCUGUGACCAGUACAAAUGCAGCCAAAAUUUUCAAUCUAUACCCUCGUAAGGGACGGGUGGCUGUGGGGUCUGAUGCAGACCUUGUCAUCUGGAACCCAAAGGCUACCAAUGUCAUCUCGGCUAAGAGCCACCAUGUGAACGUGGAGUACAACAUCUUUGAAGGGACCGAGUGCCGAGGGGCCCCCAUGGUGGUCAUCAGCCAAGGAAGAAUCGUGUUGGAAGAUGGAAAUGUGUUUGUCACUCCAGGAUCAGGCCGCUUUGUCCCUCGGAAAACCUUCCCUGACUUUGUCUAUAAAAGGAUCAAAGCAAGAAACAGGCUGGCAGAGAUUCACGGCGUACCCAGGGGUCUCUAUGAUGGGCCAGUCCAUGAUGGGAUUGUGACGGCCAAGUCAGCAGCCCCAACACCAGCCUCCAGAAUCACCCCCUGCCCUGGCAAGAUCAUGGCCCCAGCCAUCCGCAACCUGCACCAGUCUGGAUUUAGCUUGUCUGGCUCUCAAGCUGAUGACCACAUCGCCCGGAGGCCGGCCCAGAAGAUCAUUGCCCCUCCGGGAGGGCGGUCCAAUAUUACAUCUCUGUCCUAGGAAGGCCUUUCUGGCCCUCAGCACUGGUUCUCAUUGGCCACCUACUAAGAGUCUUUGGAAAAGGGCCCACAGUAGGCCCCCCUUUCUGAGCAGUCUGGGUCCCACUGUAAGACACCACCCCAAGAGAAGGCAGGCCCAGGGCGUUUGCACUGCCCACACAUGCCAGUGCAGAGGGGGCAUUCCCAGAUCCACAGGUCCAGCUGCUGCCUGGCUUCCUCCCAUGCCCACCCUCCUCCAAGGAAGAAAGUGGGGGCCAGAGAAGGCAGCUGGCUCAACCCCUCAUCAAUCAGUCAGGGCUGGCUACCAAAUGCUACAGACGACACUUAUUCAAGACCCUUCCAUUCCCUUCGGCAUUGAGCAAGCGUCUACCAUGGGCUGGACGCGGGCUGAGCACAGAGACACAAAGACAAAACUGAAACACUCUUUACCCCGAAGCAGCCCCCCUGCCCAGCCCCCCGGGAGCCCAACCUCAGCAGGCUGGCCAGGCUCGCCACUGCCAUUUAGAACAAGAGGAGCCUCUCCCUCCUUGCCACUUGUCCUGCUGCCAAAUUCUUAAAGCUGAGAUCACCAGGAAUAACGGUGCCCCAUCUGUGACCUUUGUCCCUGGCCAGGACCUCUCCUAUCCACACUGCCAUGAGACCGUGAAGUCCUUACUCAUUUCCCUUCAGGGGCCUGGACUCAAAAGGAGGCCGGCUUUUGCUCAAGCCUGUGCAGUGACAGCUGGCUGGCUUGUUUCACCUGGACAAGGACCAAAUGUUAGCCCAGUUCCCGGCGAGUGUUAAGUCCAGUUAGAUAGCUAGUGUUUGUAUUUGUUAGCAAACUGCGAUUUCACUAGAGCUCUUGGGAAGCUGCGAAGUGACCGACUCUUCUCCAGCUUUCUGUGAAUGAUGCAUGCUAGCGGUAGGACAGACCAUGUAUUCCCUGAGAAUGGAUGCAUUUGACCAAGUAGCCAAAACCCUGUCAGAAGCUGGGUUUCUUUAGCCUGCCCCCCCUCCUAUGUCUUGCAUGGGAUCUUUGGAAACACAGUGUCCCCAUCUUUCCUUGGUGUCCUUUGCCUCUUAGUCCCUGAAAACCACCCACUAAUAAAGGUGCAUUCACCCCCUCUUGUCA